AUGGAUGCGAUUGCUGAUCNAACGCUCCAGAAUACUAAAGUACGUGCAUUACAAACUGAAGAGAGCCCAUCGNUGUUAACAGUUAUUGUUGAUACAGCACCAAGACUUUGGACUGAUUUGAAUAAGAAUUUAAUGAGGAAGGCGGUUUGUAAAAAAAUGGAAACGGUUAAGGGUUCUUUGGACGCCUCUUUACCCUUAAAACAGCUAACCAAGUUGCGGUUAAACCGCCACAUCCCAGGAAUUAAGUUUUGGUUCCCAAAAGCCGCUCCACCCGAAUUCAAAUCUAAUAAACAAACAAGUAAGAAUUUCCUCUUUACCCCA